AUGGAGUACGCAGCGCCGCCCGCAGACGGUGCCGACCGCAGAUGGAAGCCGCAGGAUGUUACCGCUCACAACCAGCGUGCGCAUGCUUUUGCGCAGACAAGAGCGAUGAUCCGCCUUGAGACAGAGUCGCUCUUUGUCACUUCUUCGCGCGGUUUUGGCCGCGAGCUGCCACCUACGGGCCUUGCACGACCACCCUUGAAGAGCCGUCGAUACACUAUUGACGCCUCACUCGCUACCAGGGCUUUCCAGUACGAACGUGACUAUACAGCCAACAACUACGACCGUUUACCAGAAGACUUGACAUACCCAACACAAUUUAUCGCGAAGACCAAUGUUUCUGCGCGAGAGAUAGACGAACGUGUUCAGCUCGGGAUCCAGCUCACCCUACCGGACCCGCUUCGCUAUCGCGAGCUUCAUCGCUGGGGUCGUGUUCUGCCGCAAUUCAACGAGGACAGAUACCCCGGCGAUGAUGGUGAGCGGCGCUUCAUGAACGACACGUACAUUCAGUUCAGCGAUGGUCCGCUAAGGAAUGAAGACUUUAUCACCAUCACCUCAAUGACUUAUGGAUCCUGGUAUAGAGACGACGUUAUGGACGCUGCGCUGGCGUUAUGUUCGAUCUACUAUGGAGCUGAGGACAACGAGAUCAUGGUCGUAGGCUCCGGGACGUCGCAGGCUUUCAAAUUCGCAGCUAUGACGCAUGGAGAAUUGGACAUGACUGAGUUGCGAGCAUACGCGCCGAUAUUCCAAGGCAAGAAGUGGAUUUUGAUGCCUCUGAACGACGGCAUCGGUGAGACGUCCACAGGGCAAUUCCACGGGACUCAUUGGUCUCUUCUCGCAAUCAACCGGCCUAGCAAGUCAGCGCACUACAUUGAUGGCUACGGAUACAGCAUGGAAAAAAUGGCUAAGUGCUACGCAUGUGCUUUGCAGAAGAUGCUCGAUGAUGAGGAGUACGACUUCUAUAUUGAGUGGAACUCUCCUGACCAAUGGAGCAACAAUUCCACGCCUUUUAUCGAUUGGGGUCCUUGUGGCCCGUACGUUGUGAAGAUCGUUAAGAUCAUGAUGGCCCAUAUUCGCAAUCAUCAGAAUGUCGGACGCGAGGCAGAUAUUACGCUCCAUCUCAAUUCCAGUUUCCGUUCUCAAUUCGACUUUGAUUCUUACUCCGAGCGCCGAGCCCUAGAGUACACCAUCGCAAGUUUCGAGGCCGAUCAGGUCGCGAGGGAGCGCGCGACACUCUACGCCAAUACGGUCCUGGGCCUUCCCCGUCCGCUAGAUCAGGCUGAGGUCGGCAACCCAACGUGGUCGAAUCACGACGCGCCACUCUUUACCCAAGAGACUUCACAGUGUUUGACCUUACGCAAGUUGGGUAAUUAUCGGGAGCUUGCCCACCGCCAGCGCCAGCACCGGCGCCAUACACCAGUAUAUACCUCCAGCUCCAGCGGUAGCUCUGGUGGCAUCAGCGUCAACAGUGAGGCUAGUGGUACCCACCGCCGAUUCGCGUGUAACGGAGCUCAAAGCGGCCAAUUUGCGAAUGAUGUGGAGAUGCAGGAGCGGCCAGUGUCGACCGCGGUCAAUGAUGAUGGCUGCGGAGUCCGCAUCGAAGAAUUCUUCGACAAUGACAACGACUACUGUUCACUGAAUUUGGCUAUGCCUGAUCAAUCUCGGCGAUCUCCAAGCCUCGACACGCCCAGCUCAUCCAUCUAAAACACCUC